CGCCAAUAUCCAUCGGCUGAUCAAAUGACCUACGGCCUUCCACAGGCUGCCACUAACAUGGAUGAAAAUGACCCUUGAGCGUCUCACUCCGUUAAUGACCUUGAGCAUGCUGGAUAAUUUCAGUAGAAAAUACAAGAUUACCCGAAACACCGGCGGAAUUUCAAAACUGGUGACAGCUAUAGAAAUGGAUCCGUUACACUGGUUUAUUGCUUUGAUACUUAUCAUUGGUAUAUUAUACGUAAUCAAAAGACGGUAUUUCGGUUACUGUGAGUGUACACUUCAAAAUCGUUUGGAUGGCAAACUGUCAUCGUUACGGGAUGCAAUACAGGUAUUGGAUUAGAAACUGUAUAUGAGUUGGCUAUCCGUGGAGCGCGAGUCAUUAUGGCAUGUAGGGAUCUAGAGAAGGGCAAGUCCGCCAAAGAGGAGAUUCUCUCUAGGUUAUGCACUGAAAAUUCAUCGAAUCCAUCUUCAGUACAUAGUGUGGAGAUGAAGCCAGAUCAAUUGGUCUGUGAAGAGUUGGAUUUGGAAUCACCAAAAUCUAUUCGACAAUUCGCAGGUCGUAUUAUUAGUAGAGAGAAAUCAGUAUCGAUUUUAAUUAAUAAUGCAGGAGCAUCUUUAUCCGGAAAAAGUUACGAUGGAGUUGGCAUCGAGAAACACAUUAAGGUUAACCAUCUGGGCCAUUUUUUACUUACAAAACUACUGAAACCAUGUUUACGCACUUCUGAUGGAGAGUUCUGUCGUAUAAUUAUUUUGUCGUCUCUCUCUCACUGGUUUGCUAGACUGGAUCCCAAAAGUGCUUAUCUGUCAGGCAUAGGAUCUGCAUAUGCUAUUAGCAAGCUGUUGAAUGUGAUGCAUGCACGUGAGAUUUGUAAGCGUUGGUCUACUGACGGCAUUGUUGCAGUCAGUGUUCAUCCGGGUUUGGUGAGAACAUCUAUUUUUCGUUCCAGUAAACUGAGACAUUUUUUAGUUUAUUAUCUAGUCAGGUGGCUCUCGAGGACGUGUCGUGAAGGUGCUCAAACUACAAUAUUCUGUGCUCUGGUUGAAAAUCUCAUUCCUGGUGCGUAUUAUUCAGAAUGUCAACCGCGUAGCUGUAAUUCGCAAGCCCUAAAUGAUGAAGUUUGUGAUCAUGUGUGGAAGACGUCGGAGGCACUGAUCAAGAAGUGGGAGUCCCUCGAGGAGAAGUAGCGUAUUAAAAGAACUUGUUAUUAUAUGUUAACGAAUAUGUUUAGAUUCUGCUUUCAUCUCUUUCCAAGAAUUUUGGUUUCAUAAUAUAAUAAACUUAGUUUUCUACUUAUUAAA